AUGCGAGCGGCGGUGCUGCUCGUCUUCUGCUUGAUUUGUCUAGCUUCCACGGCUCAGGCUGCGCCUGCCUCCGCCCAAAAUGCUCUACAAGAUCAGAUGCUCAAGCGUCGCAACAGCAAAGACGAAAAGCCCGGGACCGAAGGCGAACACCAUCGCCGUCGUCGUCACCAAAAUUAUCCUCGAGAGAAAACCCGCCAUCCCGAAGAUGUGGCGGAGCGCUUACACACACGCGAGCUGCCAGCUGAAGAAGCACGCAACGCUGAAAGGGCUGUCUCUGGCCUCUUGCCGCAGGAAGAGCUCGUGACGGAUCUGAAGGCCAAGGUUUCCGGGAUCGAACAAGGUCGUCGCGAUAAGGCAAGGCAGCGGCAGCAAGAGAUACAGGUGGUCGACUCGAUUCACAUGGCCAGGUACGGAAAAGCGCCUCCCAAGUUCCCGGCUAUCACAAGAGUCGGCAGUGCCAUCGGACUCACCGCUGCCGUCAUGAACGUGGUCAAUUUCAUCUUUUCGGCCAAGACGACUGCUUUGGCGACAGACCAGUUUUCGGCUCCACCGACGCCGCCUACGCUCAUCGACACGGCUGCACGAUGGGACGGCUCGCAAUACACCCUGUUACCUGUGCCGGAAGAUGAGCCGGACAAGGGUCGUUUUCAAAAGCAAAAGCGUAGCAAGCUCAAGGGGCAGGUGCAGCACUUCCGCAAGCGGCUUGUGCGCGGAACGACUCCGUCUGCCAGAUUAGCGGAUAAGAUCGCAGGCGAAGCACAACACGACAGGCUUUCGAAGCGGUGGAUCGUCUCCAGCAUUGUAGGAGCUGGUCUGGGAGCUGCCCUUGCUCCUGGCUUCACUUCGACCAUCAGAAACAAGGAGGAAGACGUUGACAAGCCUCCUUUCGAUCCGUACGAUCCCAACGUGCUGAAACCAAAAGACUCCUUUAGUGCUGCAGCUGCCCUCCCGAACCAGCCUCUCCCGGCAGCGCCACCGACAUUUCCUCUGGCGAGCGCGGCUGCAUCCACACCUCCAAACGUCGACGGUAUCGUAUUCCCUGUGGAUGUCCCGACAGCUCCUGCCACCAGCCAAUUGCGAGCUCAGGUUCCAGUCGACUUUUCGUCAGGACAGACCCACGCCGUUCUCCGCAAAAGAGCCGUACACGACGUCCACAGCGAAAGUGGAUCUUCGUCAACGCUAGACAAGCGCUUCUUCUUCUCUGGUGGGCCUUGGUCGAAGUUCGCAGGAGCUGUGACCGUAGGUAGCAUCAUCCCGUUGCUGGCCGAAGGAGUUUCGCACGCGAGGUGGCGACAGACGAACCCACGCGAUCGAGACAUUCUCAAGGAGCUGGAUAAUACGCCAACGUACGGCGCUGUUGGUGUGCCGGGUCACCAGCCCGGCCAGCUUGCAACGAAUGCCAUGCCAGGUUACGGUACGUACGUGACACAGCUCGAGCAACAGCAAGCUGCGAAGCAGGCUGCGACACAGACAGCGACUCAGUCCAUGCAGGGAGGUGCCUCGCGACCCUCCACGGGUGCUGCUGCCGCUGGUCCUGCUGGUGUUACUGAUUCCAGCGCUAGUGGGCUGGACAACGACUCAGUCCUGCGACGUCGCGGAACCGCACAUCUCGAGAAGCGAAACAAGUGGCUCGCUGGAGGAGGUCUGGCUCUGUUCGGUGCUCUUCUAGGUUACGCCCAGUCUGCCACGCAAUUCCCAACAGAUCGAGACGAGGAAAAGGACAAGAAGAAGAAAGAGGCCGAAAAGAAACAACAAGAGCUGAUGGCCAAGCAGCAGCAGAUGCAAGGAGGUGGAGAUGGUGGUCAACUUGCUGCGGACCCAAGUGCGGGUGCUGGGGGAGCUUCGCAGGCCGACUUGCUCGCUUCAAUCCCGGUCAAGCCUCUUCCUGGUGUGGAUGGUGCUACGAUGGGUGGCUACCCGCCGGCUUUCAGCGAUGGGGUGGGGUCCGGAUUCGCAUCGCCAAGCUCGAGUGGCGCCUUCACGCCUGCUGGUAGUACUGGCGCUCAAUCGCAAGGAAGCACUGCUUCCCUGAGUGACUCGCUGAAUGCUGCGGCAGGGUAUCAGACUUCGGGCAGUGGCGCCGGUGGUAGCGGCAGCGUUCUCAGAAAGCGAGACGUCACCUCUGCCAAACCGCAUCUGCACGACGACGGCCCCGCUCCAUCGCUAUCCAAGCGCAACCCCGGAAUCGGCACCGCUCUAUCCAUUGGAGGUACAGCCAUGUUCCUCGGCACCCUCGCAGGCAACAUAUAUGUUGGAGACAAGGAGAAAAAGAAGCCGGUGCCACUGGUCACGCCGAACGCUAACACACGGGGUCCCAUGAUCCCUGGCGGUGACCUGUACACUGAGUACCUCGAGUCUCAGAGGGGUGUGUCUGGUGGUGGAGCAGGUACUGCGGGUCAGGAUGCGAUUGGCGGUGUGGGUUCUGGGGUGGCUACUGGUGCGCCUGCGAGUGUCAAGUGGGCUGCUGCUGCGGCGCCUGCUAACUUCGCUGGUGGGUCCGAGCUGGCCUCCAGCGCGAACAACGGUGGAGUGUGGCGCGGUGGUAGCGCCGAUGGCUCUCUCAGCGGCUCGAACUGGGGUCAGACGUCGGACGGGAGCAGCGAAGACGCUCCUGCCGCUCCCGUUUUGAAGAAGCGAACCAUGCUCAAGAAGCGCACGCCGUUGCUGUUCCCAGAAGCAGCUAUUGCCGAGACAGAGGGAGUUGCGGCUGCCGAGGCUGGCGCCGGUGCUCUCUCAAGGCUCGGUCAGGGAGCUGCUACCGCCUCUGAGACUGAAGCCGGAACAGCAUCUUUGGUUCGCAACGGUGCAGGUGAAGGUGGUGCGACUCGCGCGGCGUACGUUGGUCGAGGCACGGCUGUCAACGGAGAAGCGUCUCUGAGACAGGGCUCGGGUUUGGUACGCGGUACGUGGAUGGGAAUGGGAAGCCGCACUGGUUCGACAGCGAGGAUCUUCCGCUCCAACCCGCAAGCUUGGGGUUCGGCACGACCGGCAAUGGUGUCCGAAGGUGCGGGGGCAGCGGUGGAAGCGGGAACACCUGCGACGGUGGAAGGUGCGACCGCGACCGGGGGUGAGGCUGCAGCAGCAGGCAAGGAGGAGGAAGCAAAGGGCUGGUCUGUGGCCAAGGCGAUGGGUGUGAUUGGAGGGGGUGCGGGUGCUACGAUGACGUUCAAUGGUAUCGGGUAG